AUGUUUCGAGCAGCUCCCCGUUUAAUUCACAGCUCCACCAACACAAAAGAGACGGAGCUUCAAGAGCUUGAUGUCUUUGCAGACGAGCCCAGACAACUCGCUCAACCACUCCCGGAAACCGAAGUCGAAUCUGAACACCUCCCCACGAUUGAGUCCAUUUCCGAAGAGCGCAAGAGGAGACAGGCGGUACAGGCACAAUUAGAUGCUCAGAAGCAGAAAGAAGCAGAGGCUCGCUCUUCCAGUGGUGAGGGCGACAUAGAAGGACUCGAAGAGGAGGCAGAUCAACAGGGCGCAUUCAAUCCCGAGACUGGCGAGAUCAAUUGGGAUUGCCCAUGUCUAGGUGGCAUGGCUCAUGGGCCAUGCGGGGAUCAGUUCAAGGCGGCCUUUAGCUGCUUUGUAUACUCCAAGGAAGAGCCCAAGGGCAUGGACUGCAUUGACAAGUUCAAGGACAUGCAAAACUGCUUCCGCGAAUACCCCGAAGUCUAUGGCUCUGAACUCGACUCCGACGCCGACGAAGAAGACGAUAUGAGUGCUACUCCCGCCUCAGAAGCUACCGAGACACCGUCACGCUCCUCGCCCACCUCUACCCCACCUUCCGAUGCCUUCUCCUCCAACGCGCAGCCAACCCCCUCAUCUGACGCCUCAACCAACGACCACGCUGCUCCAGCAAAAGGCAAAAUUUCCGGGGAGCCCAACUCGAAACCCCAGACUGCGACGGGUGGUCUCGUCCCUGAAGAGUACAAGCCAAACACACAGCACAACCCCAUGGUUGACGCGCGAGGAGACAUGAGCAGCCUAGACAGCGAAAAGGAGAAGAGCAAGCAGAAGCCAAAGGGCGACAGCGACACAGAGAGGGCGAACAAGGCCAAGACCCAAGUUAAGAGUCAGGAGCCGGUUAGCGAGAGCGAGAGCAUAGUGCCAAAGGCCAGUCAUGAUGCUGGUGCCGAGGGGACCAUUGUGGUGGGAAGGAAGUAA